AUUGUUGAUUGCGAUUAGCAGUCAAGGAUGAACCAGACAACUAAGUCAACUAUUUUCCACAAAUUGCGCCGAUCUCAAGCAUUUCAGAGUGAUUGAGUUCAGAUUUGCAUGUAAUGCUGAUGUUAUCGGCUUUCAAAUACCUGCAUGAUAAGAUAUGGUGAUAUAAGCGAGAAUGAGGAGGAAUAUUCAGUAGGCUCCGGGAGUUUUGAGGUCUGCUGUUGAGUGAUCAUUCAGUAAGUUCGUGCCUGCAUAUCUGGAUAGCGCCUGGGUGCACAGUGAUUGAACAUGAACUUGUUAUAUGCGCUCUUCGUUUUGGACAUUCUAAAUAUCGCAAUCGCCCUACCAGUAUUCAGCGCCUUUGUCAGAUCGGUUGGGGGAUCCCCAUUUACUUUGGGGCUCAUCAACUCCAGUGGAGCUUUGGUUAGUUUACUAUGGAACCCCAUUGUGGGCAGCUUGAGCGACCAAGUGGGAAGAAAGGGGCUGCUGCUCAAGUGCUUGAUAGCCAGCUCAGUUGGGAGCGUCAUUCUGGCAGCCUCCACCUCAGUAUGGUUGGUGUUCGUAGGCAAACUAGUCGGCUCUUUGGGCAGUCCGGUGGGAAUUCUUCUUCGCUCCAUUGUAGCAGACACUUAUAGAACGUCCGAGGAAAAAAAGGCGUUUUUCGGCAAAAAUGGCUUUUUCAUUUCCGUUGGGUUCUUGGUGGGGUCCGUCUCCAGUGGGUUCUUGAGUGAGGCGAAAAAUGGGUUCGCUAUGUCCUUUUUAAUGAUGGCGGCCGUCACUGGAAUUUCUGCUGCUUUGACAUACUACGCCCUAACACCGGAUGCAAAAAAGCCCAAAGGCAAAAAACAAACUGACCAAUCGCUGCUCAGAAAAGGAGCCUUGGAACUGAAGCGAGUCGCUGUGGAUAUCAAAUCCAUAUCGUGGCCCCGCUACAAAAACCUUUUUAUCAUAAAGGCCGGCUACGAUUUGAGCCUUACGGUGUUUACAGCCAACGUUGGCUUGAUUAUGCUAAAUGAAUUCAACAUCCAGGGCCGCUACAUGGGGUAUUUUCUGCUGAUGGUCAGUCUUCUAUCCAUCGCUAUUAAUCUACUGAAGAUGAAACUGAAGAAUGUGUUUGAUAACAUCCCGGACCUCCAACUGGUGAUCAGUGGAUGCUUGAUGUUGAUGGUGAGCUUCGUUGGAUUGAGCAUUUCCACUAACGCUUCGAUGUUCUUCGUGUUUAUGGUCGUUCUAUGCGUUCCGCGGUUCAUUUUGGAUGUGAAACUACCGGAAAUGAUCACGAUUCAAACUCGGGACGACGACAGGGGCAAAGUGCUGGCUGCCUUUGAAAAUGUGAUGCCUUUGGCCUCGUUUUUAGUGCCUGCUGUAUCUGGAUUAAUCGCCGAGCAGUAUGGACAAAGAAUUGUCCUGAUUUCUGCCACGAUUCCCAUUGCGGUUUCCAUCCUAGUGGCUUACACGCAAAAGAGCAAACGACAGUAGGAUUUUCCCAUUGUAUGGAGGGACGGAGGGAGUUGUUAAUAAACAUAAAACUCGAUUAAUUUUAAACAGAAA